GGUGACGACACAACGAGAAUAAUUACUGAACCUCAUUAACAUCUGAAAAAACAAUGAAGCAAGUUAAAGCAAUUAUAAUUGGUGCUGGUAAUAGGGGCCAGGGUUAUGCUACAUAUGCUGAGGAUUUCCCACAAUAUCUCAAGCUAUCACAAAUUGAGGAACUAAGAAGCAAUUUAUUUGUUGGCGAGUUGGAGAUCAGAAUAAAGUUGAUUGUUGGUGUCUGUGAUCCACUAGAAAUUAGAAGAAAAAGACUACAGGAAAUACAUAACAUUCCAGAUGACAGAGUGUUUUGUGAUUGGUCAGAUGUUGUCAAAGUUGACAAAUUUGCAGAUGCUGUUAUAGUGACCACUCCAGAUCAAUUUCACAAGGCACCAUCUGUGGCAUGUGCUGAUAAGGGUUAUCAUGUUCUUCUUGAAAAACCAAUGGCAAUUUCAGCUGAUGACUGUUGUGCUAUUGCGGCAGCUUGUAAAAGAAACAAUGUGAUGUUAGUAGUAUGUCAUGUACUCAGAUAUGCAGGAUGGGUAAAGAAAAUCAAGGAAUUGAUUGACAGUGGUGUUAUCGGUGAUGUUGUUAAUAUUCAACAUACAGAACCACCUGAAGGUGCUGGCAUGAAGUGUAUGGAUUGUAAAGUAGAAAAAAACUGUCCAUAUUCGGCAAAAAAACUCUACUUGGAAGGUGUUAGUAAG